AUGAAUGAAACAAAUGAAUCAUUAAAAUUUUCAGAUUUUACAUCGUCCAAAUAUGGUAAUAAAAGAUUAAGAAUUAAUAAAACUGACGAUAAUAUAAAAUAUUUUGUUUCUCGCUUUAAUGAUAAUUGUGAGAUAAACAAGUUAAGUUCACCCAUAACAUUUAUAUCUAAAGAUGAAAAUAACUUUGAGAAUUCUGUAGAAAAUGAAAAAAAUAAUACAUUUCAUUGGUUAUUAAAAAAUUCAUCCAAUGAAAAAACAAAGAUAAAUCACAAAUCAUAUAUAUCUAAAAAAUGUAAUUUAGAUACAGAUGUUUUUUUUGCUUUAAUUGAAAAUGAAGAAUAUUCAGAUAUUUAUCCUCUCUCCAGUUGGCACGUAUUUGAACCAGAUCUGUCAGCUAAAACUUUAAAUAAAUUUAAUCCAGAUUACCCAAAUGAAAAAUUGAAAGCUGAAAAUAAUAAUAAAAGAUUAGAUGAUAUAAUAGAAAGACUGAAAAAUAAAGAAGAAAGCACUAAAAUAAACAAAAAAGCAAAGGAUGAAAAUAAGAAAAAAAAAAAAGUAUCACAAAGAAGUUCUUCCUCAGAUGAUGAUGAUGAUGAUUUAGGAUUGAAAAGACAAGAAAAAAAAAGGUUAAAAAAUUUGAUAAAAUUAAAAAGAGGAGAAAAUAAAGAAGAAAUUGAAUAUGUUAAUUCAGCUUUGGCCAUUACAUCUCUUAGAAAAAGUAAAGUCAAUUGGGAUUAUAAUGACGAUGGAAAAAAGAGUGAUGAUGAAGAUUUAAAUGUUGAUGAUUCUUUUCAAGAAGAAUUUGAUGAUGAUGAUGAUGAAAAUGAUGAUUCAGAUAACAAUUCAAAUAAUGAUGAAUCAAAAUUAACAUCUUAUGGCCAAGCUAUGAGAUCGUUACUAAAACAACAAGUUAAUGAUGAAGAAGAUGAUGAAUUAAAUCAAUAUUCCGAUGAUGAUGAUGAUGAUGAAGAUAUUAGCAAAAAAGAGAAAAUGGAUAUUAAAAAAAAGAAGUUGAAAAAUAAAACCAAAAAGAAUAAUAAUAGUGAUAGUGAUAAAAAGCAAAAAUAUAAACAUAACAAAAAAAUAAAAAAUGAAGAUGAUGAUGAUGAUGAUGACGAUGAGGAUGACGAUGAUGAUGAUGAUGAUGACGAUGACGAUGAUGAUGACGAUGAAGAUGAUGACGAUGAUGAAGAUGAUGAUGAUGAUGAUGAUGACGACGAUGAAGAAGAUGAAGACGAUGAAGAUGAGAAAGAAGAAUUAAAAAAGAAAUCAGUAAAAAAUAAAAAAAAUUGUAACUUCAAUGACUAUAUUAAAGAAAAAAUUAGAAAUAAAGAAAUACAAAUAAAAGAAGAAAAUUGUGCUAAAAUUUUAUUAAAAAUUAUUGAAAAAAAUAAUGGAAAAAUGGACAUAUUGACCUUAUUAGAUAUUUUAAAUAUUAAAGAGAAAAAUCAGAGUUUUCUUCUCGUACAAAAAUUUAUUAAAAAUAUAUGCAAUGUUAGCUCGCAAACAAUAAACAAUAAAAAAGUAAAAAUGAUAUCCGUUAAACCAAAAUAUUUGCCAGAAUAA